AUGUGUUUUUUUCUGUUUCUGUCUCCAGUGGAUGUAACUCUGGAUCCUGCUACUGCUGCUGGCUGGGUGGUCCUGUCCCCGGAUAAUAAAAAGGUGAGCAUGAGCUACCAGCAGGGGAGGACCCCGCUACCUGACGACCCCCGCAGGUUCGACUCCUGCGUCGCCGUGCUGGGAAAACAAAGCUUCACAUCUGGGAAACGUUACUGGGUGGUUCAGGUUGGGGAUAAAAGAGACUGGGAUCUUGGGGUGGCCCGGGAGUCCAUCAACAGGAAGGGCGCCAUCACAGUUCGCCCUGAUAACGGUUACUGGGCGAUAUGCCGACGCAACGGUGGUAGCCUGUGUGCCUGCGCUGGGCCCGUCGUCACUCUUCACCUUAAAGAAAUUCCUCAGAAAGUCGGUAUAUUCCUGGACUAUGAAGAAGGCUCGGUGUCCUUCUACAACACAGAGGCAAAGACUCACAUUUAUACUUACAGCGGGCUCACUUUCACUGAGCCGCUGUAUCCGUACUUUAACCCCUGCAUACAUGACAACGGGAAGAACACAGCCCAGCUGGUCAUCUGCCCGAUCGAGGCUGGGAUCACUGUAGACCCUUCAGCACGUUGAGCGAGAGACUCGGAGGAUCCUUUUUAAAACCUCGAGAGCAUCCACAUUCAUUGUCUGGAUAAGUUGUAAUCUGUAAAUGCAAA